AUGGCGGAAAACGGAGUCAAUGAAAUUGCAAAUCAGCUGGAAACCCUCACAGCACAAUCUCCGGCUCCUCAGGAUGCAUCCCACCUCUCAGCUUCCCAGUCUAGGGAGACUGAUUCAACUGAGUCUGAUCUCACCGAUAUCGAUGAAUCACUUUUGCAAGAUGAUGUCCCUAUGUCCCAGUCGGUUUCAACAGGAAGUCAUUUCAUAAAUCCUACUGCUCCCAAGGUGAGCUACCAAGUCUCCGCAUCUGGCGAAGUCUUGAUUAUGGAAGAGCCCAAAACUCCCAUUCAAAAAACCGCUCCUUCUCCUGUGCCCCGGUCUAGCCCUCCCCCUGUGUUCCUAUCAUUCGAGAGGUUUUAUCAGGGACUACCUGCAAACACGGCGUCCUCACCUCCCACGACAACAAUUCAACCACCAUCUCUGGCCGUAGAGCGUAUCAUGGGUCCAAAGCAGCCAAUCCCAGCCCGCAUGCUUGAGCUUCUCGAGGAGUGGCAUGAGGACUACCCUGAUAGUGAGCAUCCUUCAGCUUUGACUGGUCGCGCCCCUUCUACUUGGAAGAAUUUCAAAGCUUUCACCGAUGACGGCGAUGAGUGCGAGUUAUCUAUCUUUCAGAUAUCGCUCAAAACUCAGACCCGACGCACCGUGACAUAUCGAAUUCUGAUAUUGCACUCCCAGAAUGGACCCGAGGAACUUAUUGUGUAUGGACAACCCCGGCCGAAGUUCAGGGGACCCUUGAGCAGGGGUACGAAGGGAAUGUACCUACUGGACUGGCUCGAAACCGAGACGAAAGGCGAAGUUCAGGCUUGCGGCUUGAAACUGUGGAGAACGGAUGACAAGAAAAUUACGUUCACUCCACAAAUGUUUGAUGAUGGACGGAAAUGCACUCGGAUCCCGGGGGUCAGUGAUAUUUUUAACACGCGUGUGUCAUACACUACCCCAAAGAAGCAGUCAAAUACAAAUGACGACAACGAGGAUGCCGGGUCCAACUCAUCCGAUCCACUGUUUCUUUCCUUCUUGAAGUCUAAGCACCAACCUUCUACCCCCAGUUAUUUCAGAGCAGAGAUCGAAAAUGCAAACAAACCCCCAAUUCUGUCGCGCCUGUUAAGGGAUGAUAGAAAGAGGCGCCGCAGCACACUGAGCUCUAACGAUGAUGUCUCCAUCCUUAUUCGUUACAAGCUGAUGUCGGAUGUGUCCGAGCAGGUUCGCGUCUUCAAGACCGAUGAUGCAAAGGUUCUAUUCCAAAAGGCUCAAGAGUUUUACAACGGCAUUGGCAAUCGCACGGGACUGCUGUGCACUUUCUCUGGUAUCGGGGGAGUCCGGUACGUUGGGGAGGGCUGUGUGGAUGAGUUUGAUAUCCUUCAGGAGGAUAUUCGGAACUCUUCUAGUCCUGGUGAUAAAGAUCCUGUUGUUGAGGUGAAGCCUGCCAUGGGUUUCUAG